CUGGAAGUGUAAGAAAAUCUGGCAACCUCGCAAAAAUAAAAUUAUAAACAAGCCGAAAAAAAUAUUUGAAAAUGAUCAGAAAUAGCCUUCGUGAGCGAUAUGAAAAGAAAAGAAAGGAACGAAAGGAUAUACUAGGCACUGGUGGACUGCAAGAAGUUGCAGAAGAGAAGAAAUCUGCGAAUUUGAGUGAAGACACAGAAACUGAGAAAUGUCUAAUUAACAUCCUAGCUGAUAAGCAUUUAAUAUUGCCAACCAAUUCGAUACAAAUAAUGCAGCAAAUGAGUACACAACUUGCACGAACAAUGGAUCAAUCAAAAAUUUAUCAUUUACUUCAGAAAAUAGCUCAACAGCAUAUAAUUGAGUUAAAGAAUGUGUCGAUUAAAAAUGAAGCCGGAUAUGAGAUAAUUCAAAUUAAUAGUGAUAAACUGUAUCAUCAUUACUAUGAAAUCAUCAUUGAGAAGAAGAGUGACGAUGAAAAUUGGAUAGAUUCUAUGAAUAUGGAUGAAAAGGAACCGCCCGAAAAGAAGCACAGGGAAAAUUCCAACAUUACAGACACGUCUGAUAUCAUGUCAUUAUUAUCUCUACCGUCUGCAAAAGAAAAACAACAUAAACAAGUUGGGGAAGAAAUUUUGGAACUUUUAAGUAAGCCAACAGCAAAGGAACUACAAUUGACAGAGAAAUUUAGAUCUCAAGGAGGCACACAAGUAAUGGAAUUUUGUCCACAUGGCACGAGAGUUGAAUGUUUAAAGGCACAACAAUUGGCUGAGGAGAAUAACAUAACGGAACCAGAUGAUAAGAUUGAUGGUGAAAUUGAAAAUAAGCCAAUAAGUCUCAAAUGUAACAAGCUUCACUUUAAGAAAAUUAUUCAGGCACAUACAGACGUCGUUCUUGGUGAUUGUAGUUUCCUUAAUACAUGCUUUCACAUGGAAACAUGUAAAUAUGUCCAUUAUCAAGUCGAUAAUGAUCAAGCAUCAUUAAAACCAUUAAAAAGUGAUCAACUUGAAAAUCCCGAAAGCAGCAAAACGACAGUCCAGAAGAGGAAUAUUGAGACAAGUGGAUUAUCGUUAAUUCCACCACAAUGGAUACAAUGUGAUCUUCGGUAUUUAGACAUGUCAUGUCUAGGAAAGUUUGCAGUUAUUAUGGCAGAUCCACCUUGGGAUAUUCAUAUGGAACUGCCAUACGGAACGUUAUCUGACGAUGAAAUGAGACAAUUAGGUGUUCCAGCAUUACAAGAUGAUGGAUUAAUAUUUUUAUGGGUGACUGGACGUGCCAUGGAACUUGGUCGAGAAUGUCUGAAAUUAUGGGGAUACGAGCGUGUUGAUGAGCUGAUUUGGGUCAAAACGAAUCAAUUACAAAGAAUUAUCAGAACAGGACGAACAGGACAUUGGUUAAAUCAUGGAAAAGAACACUGUCUCGUUGGUAUGAAAGGAAAUCCAACAAACAUGAAUCGUGGACUAGAUUGUGAUGUUAUUGUAGCAGAAGUUCGAGCAACGUCUCACAAACCAGAUGAAAUUUAUGGAAUGAUUGAAAGAUUAAGUCCAGGAACGAGAAAAAUUGAACUAUUUGGACGACAGCAUAAUAUUCAGCCUAAUUGGUUGACAAUUGGAAAUCAACUUGAUGGCAUUAAAUUGGUUGAUCCAGAGUUAAUUAAUAGCUUUCAAAAACGAUAUCCCGAUGGGAACUGCAUGAUUGGCAAGAAAUAAUUUAAUUUGUAAUGUGAUUUUAACAUUCUGAAUAAAAGUUGAUGCUUAUUUAAGUAAUUUUGGGCAUAUUUUUUGUGACUUUUAGUUCCAGUUAUUGGAAAGUGACUAGAAUAAUUGCAAGUUGAUUGAAAGAAAUUGAAAAAGUUCCAAAAAUUGACUGGAAUACUUCCAGUUCUUACUGGUAUAUUCCAACA